GCGGCGCUGUAUCUGAUGAGUUCUCUCCACUUUGCAGGUCUCUGCGCUCUUUCUAUAAACCAUUCCAACUCCUUCCUGGCAUACCCUGGCAGCUCCUCCACGGGGGAGAUCGUGGUGUACGACGCCAACAUGCUGAAAACUGAAUGCUCCAUUCCAGCUCAUGACAGUCCCCUGGCUGCCAUCGCCUUCAGUCCUCCGGGGACCAAACUGGCCAGCGCCUCUGAAAAAGGGACGGUGAUCCGUGUCUUCUCCAUCCCAGAGGGACAGAGACUGUACGAAUUCCGCAGAGGAAUGAAGAGGUAUGUCUCUAUAAAUUCCCUGGUGUUCAGUACAGACUGCCAGUUCCUGUGCGUGUCCAGCAACACGGAGACCGUGCACAUCUUCCGCCUGGAGGUUCCCCUGGAGCGGUUGGAGGAGGCGUCUUCCUGGAGCGGCUACAUGGGGAAGAUGUUUACGGCGGCAUCGAACUACCUCCCAGCUCAGGUGUCAGACAUGAUGAACCAGGACCGGGCAUUCGCCACCGUGCGUCUCACCUUCUCCGGGCACAAGAACAUUUGCACUUUGGUGACAAUUCAGAAACUUCCCCGACUCCUGGUUGCCUCAUCCAGUGGCCAUCUCUACAUCUACAACGUGGACCCGCAGGAUGGGGGCGAGUGUGUCCUGAUCCAGAAACACAGCCUCCUGGAUUGUGAGAAGUCGGAUAAAGGUGGAGACGGAUCAGCAGAGAGUUCAGCGCCAACGUCUUAUGCUGCCACAGUAGCCAGGCCAAGUAACGUCCCCUCCUCAUCCGCUGUGACAGGUUACUCAGAAGAUGGCGGGGCGCUGCGCGGCGAGCUUCUUCCAGAACACGAGUUUGCCGUUGGACCGGUUCAGUUGGACGAUGAGAGAGAAUUUCCUCCUAUAAGUUUGUGUCGCAGAGGUCAGAGGUCAGAGAGGGACGCCGUGCCGUGACCAGACAAGGAGCCGCCGAGUCGCAGGUGUGGGACUAAUAUGGAGGAUGUUUACUAUUGUAAGAUAUUCAUGUAUUGUACAAAUGUUCAUAUAAUAAAUACUCUGCAAUGUC